GUUGGGGCUGGAGCGCGCGGAGAAUCUUAGCAUUGCGCCGUUUGUGGGCGCUUCUGGGCCACCAGUUUCCCUGCCUUCCACCCUGGCGCCCCCAAGUCCUGGCUCCCCAGCCUCGCUGCCCCGGGCAUCUACACCUUGCGGGCUCAGUGGGCUCAAUCUGCGCAGCGCCUCCUCCAUGUUGAGCAAGCCUCUUCAGGGGCUCGCGGUGGCCCCCGUGACCCCCACGCCGCCGCCAGGAGGCAAGGAUCGGGAAGCAUUCGAGGCCGAGUACCGGCUUGGCCCCCUGCUGGGUAAGGGGGGCUUUGGCACUGUCUUCGCAGGACAUCGCAUCACAGACCGACUCCAGGUGGCCAUCAAAGUGAUCCCACGGAAUCGCGUGCUAGGAUGGUCCACACUGUCAGACUCUGUCACGUGCCCACUGGAAGUAGCACUGCUGUGGAAGGUGGGUGCAGGUGGUGGCCACCCUGGUGUGAUCCGCUUGCUUGACUGGUUUGAGACACCAGAGGGAUUCAUGCUAGUCCUUGAGCGACCUUUGCCUGCCCAGGAUCUCUUUGACUACAUCACAGAACAGGGCCCGCUGGGUGAAGCCCGAAGCCGCUGCCUCUUUGCCCAGGUAGUGGCAGCCGUUCGACACUGCCAUGCCCGUGGAGUUGUCCAUCGUGACAUCAAAGAUGAGAACAUCCUGAUAGACCUCCGCCGAGUCUGUGUCAAACUCAUUGAUUUUGGUUCUGGCGCCCUCCUUCAUGAUGAACCCUACACUGACUUUGAUGGGACAAGAGUGUACAGCCCCCCGGAGUGGAUUUCUCGUAAUCAGUACCAUGCACUCCCGGCCACUGUCUGGUCACUGGGUAUCCUUCUCUAUGACAUGGUGUGCGGGGACAUUCCCUUCGAGAGGGACCAGGAGAUUUUGGAGGCUGAGCUCCACUUCCCUGCCCAUGUAUCCCCAGACUGUUGUGCCCUAAUCCGCCGGUGCCUGGACCCCAAACCGUCUGCCCGUCCUUCACUGGAGGAAAUCCUGCUGGAUCCCUGGAUGCAGACACCAGCCGAGGAUGAACCCCCUAAUGCCCCUAAAGGGGGCCCUACCCCUUUGGCCUGGUCCCUGCUACCCUAGUUGGGAUAGCCAUCCCAUGGCCAUGCCACAGGGAUAGAAGGACAUCUGUUGACCUGGUUUUACAGGUUAUUAAAAAUCCAGUGUUAACUAGGGUCAGAGAUUGGGGAUCUGGGGUCAGAAAACAUAAGCCAAGUUUGCCCAGUCCCCAUCCCAAUCCUGAUAAGGAGCCUUCCUCCCAGAAUUUACGGUUUUUAUUCUGGAGGGAGGACUUCCUUGCUUCUCGUUUUGCUAAGGAUGUUUAUUUGGUUGAAGUUAACUCCAUUCUGAGCCCCAGUACUCUUAUUCUGAUGUGUUAAACCGUUACACUGGCACCUCCUGCCUGCUACCACCACACAAACUUAGUUCAAAUGCUCUAACUUGGGCAAGGGUGCUUUCCUUUCAAAACCCUAGCAUCUCUUAUUUUAGUAAAGGGACUCUUUACUCUAGCCUAGGGUUCCAUGUUAAGUCAAACUGCUUGCCUACCUCAGCCCAGGGUUGCUUAUUCUGGGGGAGGUAAUGCCCUAUUGUUAUCCCAGGGCUUUUUUUUUUUAAUUUUGUUUGUUUUGUUUGUUUUUGGUGAAGGGACCCUACUCUGUUAUUCCAAGUGCUCUUAUUCUGGUGAGGAGAAACCCUACUUCCAAGAUUUGGGAAGGAAAGGGAGAUGGACACCACCAGAGUCCACUAGGAUGGGGUGGAUGGGUUUUAGUGGGGGGGGGGAAUAAGUCUUGCUGUUUGUUAUCCUGGGGCCUCCCCCUCCACCUUUUUUGGAUUUUUGCUGCCUCCUUCUGAGCCAGGAUUGUCCAGUUGCUGAAAUGUAAAUACUUGUGUAUUGGGAGGAAGGGAGCUCCAACUGUGUCAUCCUCUCCCUUUUCCACCUGCCUGGAUUAUUUAAAAAGCCAUGUGUGGAA